AUGCCGGUUCCAAUUCCGAACUGCGCGGCUGCAUUUCGAAAGUCGCCUCUGUUCCCCCCCACCCCUCGGAGCGGACCCCGUGUGGCCGAGAGUGAAUGCACCAGAAAUAAGGCGAUGAGCACCUCCGGAGACAGCUCGGACAUCUCGAGGGAGAGCAGCCGAGUGGCAGCGACCCAUCCCCGCGGGAGUUUCAGUAGCCAAGCAACACAUCACCAUCCAAGGGAAGAGGUCGCGGUCCAGCAGACAUUCCGUGUUGUGGCAAAGAAAGUGGUUUUGAUGUGUCGGGUCUGUAUGCAUCUACGCGUAGCGUCGAGAGCCUUCAUGGAGGUCUGGGCGACAUUGGCAAAAUAUGCCAGCAAGCAGCAGACUGAAGAGGAACAAAGAGAAAGCAGCAAAGCGGCCUUUGAUGUCCAGUACUUCAAGACACAACAUAACAGAUUUCCUAUCAGAGCGAUUCAGGUCGCUAUGAAGACACCUGAGCAGCGGACGAUGGAAGAUUUGGAGCUGGUCUUGUCUUCCCUCCGAUCGCUGCUGAGCAUCAGAUACUACAGCAAGUCCUACCAGCUCAUGCUCGCCAAGAUAAUGCGAUACGAACGGUUCAGGCGGAGGAGGGUGAUCAUGAAGAAAGGACAGACAGCACACAGCUUCUACUUCAUAUACUCAGGGGCGGUCAGCUUUACCACCGACCAAGAUGGGAGCAGCGCGUUUGAGGAAGAGCAUCAAGCGGACCUCCGAAAGGGGGCCAGGUUUGGAGAAAUACCGGUAUUGAAGGGGCUGCGCAGAAAUUUCACGGCUGUCUGUGUGGACGAUACUGAGCUCCUGGUGGUGGACAAAGAGGACUUCUUUGAAAACAGACUUGAUCAGGUGCUUGUAGAAGAAUCUCAUCGUCGUUUUAUAUUUUUCAGAUCGCUAAGCCUCCUGAACUCACUGCCUGACAGCUCCAUUGAGACUCUUUCUGAUUACUCAACCACAGAGGAGUUCCUGUACGGCCAGGUUAUUCCCAAUAAUAUGGACCAACUCAUCUUCGUCAUCAAGAAGUGGGUCGACGCACAGAAGCUUGGAUCGCAAAAGCUGGAUCAAGACGCCCAGCACCUCGCCAUCCUUAGUACGUCAACACGGGGCUUCCAGGGCCACGAAAGGCCUGAGUGCCUCUUCCUCAACUGUUUCUAUUGCCUCCAUCUCAGACAUCUCUUCCAAAUCACAGCAGUGGAAGACAAAGAGUCAAUCACAGAAGUUUCUCAAAGUGAACAGCUGUUUCUUGGUGCUGUCAAGCCUUUGAGUCCUCAUGACGUUGACAUCAAAAACUGUAAGUACUACAAACGUCCAAGUACCCACCUCAAUGGUCGGGAUUCCCGACCAUUCCAGAAGCUUUUCCCGGCCUCCGGAACUGCUCGGUCGCCAUCAGCCACACGGCGGCUCCAGCCACCACCACUCCGUGCCAUCAGUACAUCAAGGUUGGAAGACAGUUCACACUUACACCGGAAAACUUCAAGAAAACAGUUGAUUCCCAAAGCCCUGUCCGUUGCUGUUUACAUGAAGAUAGAUUCAGUUCUGCCAGGGGAAGUAUUUGGGCUGCGGCAAUACUUUGUGGCCAAUAACCUCAAGGACAAGAGAAUCUUCAGCAUCAAGAGCCAAGGCACAACGAUUGUUCGGAUCGACAUGCAGACCUUUGCAGCACUGAUGGACCAGCAAACCCUGCAAAAAGUGAGGAAGCUGCAGUCUGUCUAUCCAAGUGAUGAUGAGCUCUGUGACCUCUUUAUCAAAAAUAAUUACUGGAAAAUCUUUAAAAGGAAUAUGAUCUCCAAACUUACCUGCAAGCCUCAGCGCUUCUCGCCUUCAGGCCAGGUAGCAGAGUCUGGCCAAGGGGAGGACAUAUACGAGAUUGACAAGACCGGCAUCCUGAACCUUCCAGAAAUCUCCAGCAAUCGAAACAUGCUUUUCUCAAAGCCGUCCUAUUAUGUUGCCCCCGUUAUCAGAACAAGGGAAGAUGGUAGCAGCCCAAUGCCAAAGCUGGACCUCCAACUCAUUCAUGGAAUUGCCAAGCUUCCAUCCAGUAUAGCCAAUCUGCUGUACUGA